AUGUCAAAGCAAAAGAACAACGAUUCAGAGAGUAUGCCUCCAGAUGAUGAAUUACCAAGUUAUGAAGAUGUCAUCAAAUCCGAGACACAGCAACAACAGCAACAACAACAUAAUCAUUCUACGCCACAACUGAACAAUAAUUAUAGACCACCACCUCCACCAAGACCACCUCUUUCCACAACCGGUAGUAAUAACAACGGUAGUAGUAGCUCACAGCAUCACCACUCAAAUGCACCACAUAUUCCAUGGGUAUACCCAUCUGGAUUCUAUUGUCCCAAAUGUAAUAAUACAGGUUACAAGACCAAGAACCGGAAAUCAUGUAAAUCAUGCUGGAGAAGGUUUGCACGUCAAAACAAUGUCAACAUGGCACCUUCAGGGUAUGGUAGUUAUUAUCAGUCCUCGCCAAUAUAUCAGCAACCAACAUUCCAGCAACCCAUGUUCCAGCAGCCUCAGAGACCUAUGUACGUGAGACCUGGUGAUCCUAGAAUCGGUGGUGUAAUCUGCGGUAAUUGUAGGGGCUCUGGGAGAAUACGGUUCCUAUUAGAUGAAGAUAUAUGCGGUUUAUGCAAUGGACUAGGGAGAAUCAUUAGUUAA